CCACUCCCCACUGCCCACUCCUCGAACUGAGCUCUCGCGAUAUCAGAUGUCCCCUGGACGGAAUGUUGCCGGCGCUGCUGCUUGAUAUCAAUGGGCUCGUUCAAAGGAGAGAGUGACAACUGGAGUUGGGCCAGCCCGAAAAGCAAUAACGGCGAUUCUAUUAUUAUUAAAAAUGCAUGUGUCCGAAAAUAUAUAAAGCAAUAUUAAUAAUCACAACGUCAACGACCCAUUUUUGGCUACCACCAAAUAUAUUCGAGCGUCAAGCAAGAAGGAUAGCUACGGGAUAGUUCGAAAAAUAACUAGGCAUUCCAUUUUUUUUUUUAUUCCCUGUGUUCAUAUGCGAAUUCUGUGGCGUUGACGGCCGCGCAGAGCUUUGGUUUGAACUGCUGUUUAAAUGGUGCUGCGGUGGGCUCGCUGGAGAGGAAAAGCCUUGGUCUCAGCAGGCCCCUGCGUUAAAUAACAAUUUCGGGACUGCUGCCGUCGCCCGAGGGGAAGAGAAAGAAAUGUGAACAAAACUCCACGGUUGUUGCAUGUUCACUCUCUAAAUGGAUUGCAUGGCUCUGGUUGCGGCAGUGUAUGUGAAAUGAGAGAGCUCGCCAAAUGGAAGGAGUGAUCCUUCCGCCUUGAGUCUCCGAUUGGGGGGAGGUCGUGGUAGAUUAAAAAAAGAAAGGGAACCCCCCUGCCCUGGUUAUCAAUAUUAUUGCUAGUUUGUUUCUCCCCCCUCGUUUAAAGCCGUGUUGCUUUGGCUGCGAUAUGGAUAAACUGACUAUCAUUUCAGGAUGCCUCUUCCUGGCUGCCGAUAUAUUCGCCAUCGCCAGCAUUGCAAAUCCGGACUGGAUCAACACAGGGGAAUCUGCAGGUGCACUCACAGUGGGCCUUGUUCGUCAGUGUCAGACCCUCCACGGACGUGACCGGACGUGUAUCCCGCCCCGGCUUCCUCCAGAAUGGGUCACAACACUUUUUUUUAUCAUCAUGGGGAUCAUAUCAUUGACUGUCACAUGUGGCUUGCUCGUGGCUUCACAUUGGCGAAGGGAAGCCACAAAAUAUGCACGUUGGAUAGCAUUCACUGGAAUGAUCCUCUUCUGUAUGGCAGCCCUUAUAUUUCCAAUAGGAUUUUACAUCAAUGAAGUGGGAGGACAGCCAUAUAAGUUACCAAACAACACCGUAGUUGGGUCUUCAUAUGUACUGUUUGUCUUAUCCAUAUUUUUCACAAUAGUGGGGCUACUGUUUGCUGGUAAAGUCUGCUUGCCUGGCUGACUCGCAAUCCUCCUUCCUCUUUGUAAACUUGACGUCAAAACAAAUUGCAUCCUGCAGUUGGGUACUUGAAGAAAGAAACAAAUAAAAGGGACUAAUAAUAAGCUAUCUGCGCAAGGAGAUUUUUUUUUUAUUAUUAUUUUUUUUAACUUGUUCUCACUGUGCACUUUGAAUGGAGAAUUGAAGAGCCUUUUCCACAAACUAACAGCAGGACAGCAUCUUCUGAACCCACUGAAGCAGUUGCAUCUGCACUGUGACACAAAACUGUUAGGAAAGACUGUGUUUCACUCAAGAAAAGAAAGUCGCCUUUUACUGUACCUGUUGCUGUUUAAUGACGAUGAUUAUUAUUGUUGUUUGUUUGUUUUUAUUUUGUUCCUUUAUGAGCAGUGGACUUUCAAAACGCAGAAGUAUUUAAAAAAAAAAAAAAAAGAAGCAAAAAAACUGUGCUAGGCCAGAGGAUUGCAAGACAAGCCUGAGUGGGGCUGGCCUCAUUCUUGAGAAGGUUAGCAUGCUGUGAAAAAAAUCAUUUCACAAAUAGUGAAGUUUAUUUCUUUUUUAAAAUGCACCAACUGGACUUUUUUUAAUGGUCAGAUACAGCUUAUAUUCUAUAUACAUACAAUGCUAGAAAUAUUCUGGUUGCUUUGCUAGAGAAAUCACUGUGGCGUGUGCAAACAAAGUAGGCCUCUUGUAGAAAAGCCAUUAUUCAGAAGAUGUUGAUGUUACCUCAUUCUUUGUUGUAGCCCCCAACUCUUAACAGCAGGUACCCCACAAUCUGAUACCCUUUCUCGGUGCAAUUGUAGGUAAAAAAAAAAAAAAAAAAAAAGUCCUCUGUACGACAUCUUAUUUGUAUAUCAAGGGAUGAAGAGCGAUUUUUAUGUCAUUUUAAUGUUCGCUCCAGAAAUAUGAAGCCGACGCCAUUAUGUCUGAACAUAUUGACCCCUUUGGUGUCUCUGUAUGUACCAGCUGCAUCCAAAUUGGCUAUUUAAAAGAAAGUGAUUAACCCACUAACCUUUAUUCACUUGGAAAAGCCCACCGGGAAGUUAUAAUAAAUGGCCCUGUUUCCGCUGUUGAUCUUCUAAUAUAUUAUACACCUUACGGAACAAAAAGAUGAGACAGGAUUGUUAAAUUCCAGGAAUGGACAGCUGUCAGCCCCAACCAAGCACUGGAUUAGUCCUACAGAUAUCUGCGAUACAAAACAGACAACACACCUGUCUAAAUUCUGUAUCUUGUAAUGUACUUUCUCUGAAGGCUGGGAGGAAAGCUAUACAGCACCCUCAAUAAUAAUAUAGGUUAUUACAUUUAAAUCACACCUGGUAUGUACUUUGAGGGGAUAUUUCAAAACAAACAUUGCAUCAAACAAGCUGAAAUAGCCAGCAGGUUAAUAUGGAACAGGUACUGUAGUCUAAAACCCGUCUGACCUCUCUCUGUACCUGAAGAAACAAGGCUGUGUCUUUCUUUCUUUCUUGCUGUUGUAGCUCACUGUGCUCACAGGCGGCUCAGCUAGGCUGCAUACAACUUGGCAAACAUGUGCAAGCCUUCAUUGUGGUUUUUGUUGGCAUAGAUCACCGCACUUGGGGGAAAGCGUUUUCCUAACAGUGCCAGGAGCUGCCAUUAAUAAUGACGGUUUAUUUUAAUAUAUAUUUUUGGUUCGUAAUAGCAUUAUUACUGGAUUAUAACCAAUAAGCAAAUACUGUACAGGCUUCUAACUUGCUAAAUUCUGCUGCCGAAUGUGUAAGCAUGCCCUAUGCGUAGAUGUAUAGCACAACUUAAUCACCGAACCUUUAGAAAAGUGGGACAAGAAUUUAUGGUAUGCCUCUGCAAUUGAAAAGAAAUUACAUUUUCUCAAAACAGUUUGUCACAGCUUUUCUUUUUUUAUAUUUACAUUAAGUGCAAUGAUUUUUUUUUUUAGUUUAAAAAAAAAAAAAAAAAAAAAGAUUGGGCGUUUUUGUUUUUUGGAACCCGUAUGUUUGUCUUAAUUUUUUUAUUAAUCUUCAUACCUGAAAUAUUGAAGGAUACUAUUAUUGUUUUUUAAUUGGUUUUUGGGAAUAUACUUGGCUGCCCGUAUAUAAUAGAAUCUCCUUUAUGUUCAUCCAGUGUUUCCAAGCUGCUUGCAAAUUACACACUUAUUUAUUACAAGGUGGCUUUUUUUGUUGUAAGUGGUAAAAAAAAAUGUAGAAAGGGCAGCCCGUAGUAAAACAGACAAGUUUCUGCAAUCUGGAAAUGCUGAUGGAAUGGGAUGGAAUGCAUAGUUUGAGCCAGACCUGGUGUUUUGGGUAACAUGCAUUUUAAUAUUUUAAACCUUAAUUUCUUAAGAAUUCAGAUUUAAAUCUGCAUACAAAAAACAUCCACUAAAAACGCACACCAAAAAAAAAUAAUUAAAGAACAACCAAAAUAGUGAAUGUAGAAGACCUGGUUCUUUAAUUUUGUAGGAAUGUAUUGUUGUAUUAAUGUACCUUUUAUAAGAUUAACCUCUGGGCCCUGAUAUCUGAUUUGCUUUUAAAGGUGAUAGGAUAGCAUUGUUAGCAUUGCAGAGAACUUAACCAUAUCUUAAAUGCCAUGCUGGCUUUUCCCAAAGUGAAUCGGUCCAAAAUUGUUUCAGGAUCUGAUAGACCAAAUACUGUUACUAGCUACCUUUGAAUUACUGCAAGUAAAAAUGCCUCUUGCAUUGUAUACAGUAUAUGUCUUUUAAUAUCAGAUAUUUAGCUAUUUAUUAUUUCAGUACACAAAUAAUUUAUUUCUGCUUCAAAUCUGGAUUUUUUUUUUAAAUGCUCAUUCCUUGGAUCAAAUUUUAUUGUACACAAUCCCAGGAGAAUUAAACUCCUAACUUGUAAAUUCAGGAACAAAUGCCAGACGUUUAAGACCAUCUGCUACCAAUUUUGUGGUCAGUUGUUGCCCUUUGUACGUAAGAAACCGUAGCAGUUUUGUUAUGGAACAUCAUCAUGCUUGAUCGUUUAUGUAACUGUUUAAGGCAAUAAGGUAUGUCCAGAAUCGCGGGUCUUUUAGCUUGUACAUAACUCUGUGUUGUGUGGUGCUAUCAUGCCUCUUAACUUUUGAAUUGGUGUUCCAAUAACGAAGUGUGUCACUGCAAAAUAAGAAACAUUUAUUUGUGAUCCAGUUUUGCAAAAAGCAUUAAAAGAUCAGUCGGCAUGAAAACAAACAGAAAGAAAUGUGUUGUCAACAGCGGAACAUUAAAGACUGCUUUGCUCCGACUAGUUUUACACAAACGUGUUGAUCUGUCUAUAUUAUUUGGAUAUCAAUGUUUACGUAAUAUUCUUCUCUUUUUUAUCUAUAAAGGAACAACUUUGUGUAAAUUAGCAACCAUCAUUUUCAUAUAAACCUUAAAGCAGCUUUUGCUUAAACCGUCCUGGCUUCUGUUUCUCUCAUUUUUUCAUGAUACAGCGGUUUCUUGCAAAACCCACUUCAAAGAACCAAGCGUACUAUUCACCUUAACUUUGCAGAGAUCAGAUUUCCUGGCAGGUUAUCAAGCGAAGGCAUCCUGAAUCUGUGGAAUCGAAGCUUGUGGCCUCCUGGGUUAUCCCCACCAGUUGCAGAAGAAUUUUAAAUUAACCUGGCAUACCUUGGCAUCAUUUAACUUUUCAGAUUUUCUUUUCCUGGUAAAUGCUACGGGCUGUUGACUAAAUCUUACGUGCAACGUUUUCAACCUCGCUGCAGCCUUAAAAACAAGUGUGUUUAUUUUCUUUUGAUAAACACGUUUUAGAAAUGCAGACUUCACAAUUGUAUUUUAAUCAGUGGCGUUUCUUUGAAUGCAGCGUUUUGUUUCGUAGAACUGCUUACAAAAAUAGUUGACAGUAUUGGCUCCUGCAGUAUUUAUCCUGUAUGAGGACAGGGGCAACAAACAAUUAAAGUUGCAAGUGGAUGUGCCAUAGAUGUCUCGUGUCUGUGCUAUGAUUGAAAUUGAACUCUCUCCACUCUGUUCCCUUUGUAUUGAGAUUUGUGAUUCAUUGUGGGGAGGCAGGGAUCAUGCCAAUCUUUGCAUAUGAACAGGAUCAGCAAAUUUAACCAGUUAUACAUUUAAACUUUGUAGCUGGCUGCAUUUAAAAAAGAAAAUAAUUUUAUAUAUAUAUAUAUAUAUAUAUAUAUAUAUAUAUAUAUAUAUAUAUAUAUAUAUAUAUAUAUAUAUAUAUAUAAAAUGUAUACUCAAGAAAAAAAUGAUUUCAACAUUUGUAGUUGGGUGGUACUGAAUUCAUUUUAGACAUGUAUGAAAUAAGUGUGUAGUUUUUGCUGAACAAGUAGUUUAUUCCCAGAGCUUAGACAGUCUUACCUGAUCUUCUGUCCAGUGACCUUUUUUGUAAGAUACCAGCAACUCUGAUAGAAAUGCGAUGGUCCUUCAAAAUACAAUAUGAAGGGUAGAAGUGAAGGAUAUCGAUUUAUUUAAAUGAUUGGCAUUUCUUACAAGAAAUAUGAGCUAGUUAUUAUAUAACCACAUGUCAGGAAUUCUUUGGUUUUGUGGCAUGGCCUGUGCAGUAUUUCAGGCUAUAUUAUUGAUGUUUUCUAUUGGUUGUGACAUUUUUAAACCCGUUAUUUUGAAAAUGAACUUAAUAUAACUGUACAAAAUGAAACAUCAUUUUUCUUCACCUGUAUUUUUGUUAUUGAACAACUUUACCAAAAUAAAUCGUCUACUAAAAUGA